AUGGAUGCUGUGGAGGAGAAACAACCUUUUACCACCACCGGAAAGGCUUCUCCGGUGGGACUUGAAGACGACGUGAUCCACGUCAUGGACAAGCUCACCAUACAUCAACCCAAGCAGCACAUCAUCUCGAUUGUGGGGAUGGGCGGCACGGGUAAGACCACGCUUGCCCUAAAUGUUUACGAAAAUUCACUCAUCAAGGAACACUUUGACAUUCGUGCUUGGGCUAUUGUAUCUCAACAAUACAGUGCACAAGAAAUCUUUUCAAAACUUCUCUCUAGCAUAGGGCAAAGUGGAAGUGGAAAUGAUUUAGGGCUAAAGUUGCAUCAAACUUUAUCGGGUAGAAGAUAUUGA